AUGAAUUCUCUAGUGAGAAAUAUUUCAAUUAUUGGAUCAGGUCCAUCGGGAUUAUAUACUGCAUAUCAUUUAAUUAAAAAGGCUAAUACUGUCAAGAUACCAUUUAAUAUUAAAGUAUGGGAGAAAUUCCCCGUACCGUUUGGUUUAAGUAGAUUUGGUGUUGCGCCAGAUCAUCCGGAAGUGAAGAAUUGUGAAUUAACAUUUGAAUCGAUGUUUAAAGAAUAUAAAGAAUUGAGUAAUGGAUAUUGUCAAAAUUUAGAAUUUAUUGGUAAUACCAUCAUAGGCAAUAAUAAUAAUAAUAAUAAUAAUAAUAGUGAACCUAUAAAUCGAUUUGAAAAUAGGAUCCCUCUAAAUGAAUUACACGAUUCUCAGGAUGUUAUUGUGUUUAGUUAUGGUUGUAAUGGUGAUAAAAGAUUAAAUAUUCCAAAUGAAAAAUCUACACCUGGGGUAUUUACUAGCAGACAGUUUGUUAAUUGGUAUAAUGGACAAUUUGAUAUGUCAAUGAAUGAGAAAUUUAUGAAUUUCGAUUGGUCUCGUGUCUCCAGAGUGGGGAUCAUUGGGAAUGGAAAUGUAGCUCUUGAUUUAUCAAGAGUAUUGAUUAGUAAUCAAAUCGAUUCAUUAUGGUCAAAUACAGAUAUAUCUAAUAUAGCUUUAAAGAAACUUAGAGAAGCACAUAUUGAAUCAGUUCAAAUAUUUGGUAGAAGAGAUUUUUCACAAUCAAAAUUUACAAACAAAGAAUUCAGGGAACUCUGGGAAUUAGAAAAAUUUGGGAUUUUUGGAAAUAUAGAAUCAAAUGAAUUUCGAACAAUGAUUCAAGAUGUAAAUAAUAAGACAAAGACAAAUAAUUAUGAUCGUGUGAUGAUGAGACGUUUGGAGAUGUCUCGUGAAUAUAUGUUACCAUUCGAUCAAAGAACAAAGAAAAAUUAUAAGAAAUUUAAACCUCCUGUAGAGAGAAAUGAUGCAAGAAAGAUAUGGGAAUUUCAAUAUUUAAAGAGUCCGCAGUCAAUUAAUGUUUGUGACGAUGAUGGGUCGUUAAAAUCGGUAACAUUUACAGAAAAUAUAGUAGGUUCGAAUGGUAAUGUCAAUGUACAGAAUAAACCCACCACUGUUACUUAUGACCUCGACUUAUUGAUAACAUCUUUAGGUUACAAAGGUGAACCACUAGAAGGAUUCAAAGAAAUGGGGGUUCAUUUUGAAAAUGGCCAUAUUAAAAAUAUUAAGGGACGAGUAUGCAACCCAGAUGGUCUGCCAUUAAACGGAUUAUAUACAUCGGGAUGGAUAAGUAAUGGCGGGCGUGGUAUUAUUGCCAACACUAUGCAAGAGUCAUUUCAAGUCGCCGAUCAAAUAUUGGCAGAUUUGCCCAUUUUACCUAAAACUUCUUCAAAGGAAACCACUGUAAGUUCAAUACUUCAUAACACUACAUCAUGGAAGGACUGGGAAAAGAUCAAUCAAAUUGAAAUGAAUAACGGGGUACCUUAUGGGAAACCAAGAUCCAAGUUCUUAACGGUGGAUUCUGUCAUGAAGCAUAUAGAGUAA